GCAGUUUGAAUAAUUUUUAAUGAUCAUUUCAACAUUUCAAUAUUAUAUUUCAGUACUAUGAUGUUAGGUAUUUGUUUAUAGAUGUUACAAGUUUUAACAUGGUUGUUUAACGAAGACUGUGCAUUAGGAUAACAUACAUAUUCAUUUAUAAAUUCAUUUUAUGUAAUCAGUAAGAAGAAAUAUGGAAACACAAUUAACAGAUGAACAAAUUGCAGAGUUUAAAGAGGCGUUUAGUUUGUUUGAUAAAGAUGGCGAUGGUACCAUAACAUCAACAGAGCUAGGCACUGUGAUGAGGUCACUGGGGUCAAACCCAACCGAGGCUCAACUACAGGAUAUGAUCAAUGAAGUUGAUGCAGACGGAAGCGGAACUGUUGAAUUCCCAGAAUUCUUAACUAUGAUGGUGCGACACAUGCGUGAUAAUGAUUCGGAUGAAGAUUUAAAAGCAGCAUUUAGAGUUUUUGACAAAGACGGUUCAGGAAAAAUAAGUGCCGGAGAAUUACGUCACGUGAUGACAAAUCUCGGAGAAAAACUCACAGAUGAGGAAGUGGACGAGAUGAUGCGAGAAGCAGAUGUUAACAAUGAUGGUGAAAUAGAUUAUGAUGAAUUUGUAAACAUGAUGUUAGCGUCAAGUGGUGUUAGAAGAUAGUUUGGUAGGAUAUUAAUUAACGAUAAAAGCGAAGGAUACUUACACAUUUCCAUGUUUCCGAAUAUGUGCUGUAACAGCAAUUGAUGGCCUCUGUCUUCAAAUGUCUUUCAUUAUUUUACAAUCCCAUUAUAUCAUACAUUUUGAUAUUUAUGAACACUAUUGUCAUGAUCAGUAAACUAUUAAAAAAAGUU